CUCAUCAGAAUUUAGGUUAUUAGCAAUAUCUUGUAUCAAUCGUAAAGAUAUGAUAGAUUAUAAAAAAAAUUCUAGCAAAAUGCAUCCGACGGAAAUUCCUAAUAAUGGAUUUACUUUCGUUUUUGUUAUUAAUAAUGAUUAUUCAAUCAAUUAUAUUGAUAAUAUGGGAUUGCCGAUUAAAUAUGGUGGAAUAGUCAAAUUUUUUUCUAAAGAGAACUAUAUGACUAAUCGAAAAACUGAAAAAGAUAAACUAAGAACAGACAAAAGCAAUCAAGAAAAUGCUGAUAGGCACUUUCUUAUUCUUUUAACAUUUUCAGGGAUCUAUAAGUACCAGAUGAAGAAUAAAUCUAUUAAUAACAUACAAAAGUUAAAAUACCCACAAAGAAUAUACAACGCCAUUAUUAAUAACUUAGAUCCACUUUUUGAACAAUCUGAACAAUCUGAAACCGAUUCACUGAUUGAUACUAUGAGAGAAGAUUUUAAGUAUAUAGAACUUUAUGAUUUAAAGACCAACCAAUUGGUAAAUACUUUUCGGAGACAGAUUCCUCACAAAUCGAUCGUGAUUGAUUUUCCUUAUCGUUAUGCAGUAUCAAACAAUGGCAAAUUAUUAGCAUAUGAAAGCGUUAAUAAAAUAAUCAAAUUAUAUUUUAUUGAAUGCGGUCUUGAAAUAGCAGAGCUUAUUAUUGCAAAUCCAGAAUUCAUUAAUGUUGAUUUUAUUGCUUUUUUUCACAAUGACGAGAUGUUACUUAUUUAUUCUUCAGGAAAGAAGUUGUCUAUCUGGAAUAUUUUCGGAACAUUACGAGAUUCUGUUAGAUUAGAAAAUCCCAAAUUUACCAUAGAUCUUAAUGUAGAUUUUUACAAUAUGGUGCAAUCAAAUUCAUUCAUGGUCGUUAAAAAGGCUAACAAUCUUGUUAUUUAUGAUGAUUUAAUCGUAGAUAAAUAUUUGAAAUAUUUGAAGAAAAGUGAUAAACAUGAUUGGAUGAAACUAUCAGAAGAUUAUUUCUUGAGACAAGGUCUCAAUAAAAAUAUCCGAGAUCUUCAUGAUAAAGAAUCUAAAUUAGAUGAAUAUUAUUAUAUAUUUGAACCUUGGUUGCUUGAUGAUGAUAAUAAUUUAAGCAGUCCACAAUGUUCGUUUUAUCUAGAUGAGAAAAAGGAAAAGCUGCUUUUAAUUGGAAAUCAUACUGUUCAAGUUUGGUACGAUCAAGGCCCCAAGAGAAGAACUCUUGAAUUCAUCUACAUGCCUUUAGCUCCCUUUUUAAAUAUACCUGAGGUAGAAAAAUGGGAAUCCAAAAUAAUAAAAGUAAUGGAAAUCGAGCUUUGUAUCGGAAAAUUCAAGCUUAAUAUUCUAACUGAAGAUACUAAAGAUUCUUUCCAAAUUAAAAUAGAAGAUGAAGACGAUAUUAUAAAUGUAGCAAAAUAUGCUUGUGAGACACUUAAAUAUUUCUCUAUUUAUAAAAAGUCUGAACAGACUUUUUAUGGUGAUGAUAAAAAAUUAAAAUUGGAAAAAUUGGAUAGCAUAAUCGAACAAACACGAAAAAUAAUCUUAAGAUUUAUUAGAUUGUACCCAACUAAAUGGCGUUUAUUAGAUAUUCGCUAUAAUUUAAUGUGUGUUCUUAUUGAGUCUGGGGAUUAUGAACUUGUAAAUGACAUUUUAUCUUUCGGAGAAUUAAUUCAUAUACCACAAUACUCUGCUUGGUCAGGUGAAAUAAAUGCAAUUCAUACUGCCCUUUUGGAUCACGAAGAUCAUACAAUGCUGGCAUGCUUUUUAGAAUAUUAUUCUAAAAAUGCAAUUCAUAAUCUUGAAUGGAUGAAUACAGUUGUGGACAUCAUACCAGAAUUAUAUUAUAUAAAACCUUAUAAAUAUUAUGCUCAAAAAUUAUUGUAUAAUCCCUGCUUUUGUAACAAGCAAUUGGAUUUAUUCUCUUUUGAAUUUAUCGAAAUUUUACCAAGGUCAAAUGAUCUAUUGAAAGUUCUUAUACCUAUAACACAGUUGAUUCCAUUGGAUUCCGAGUUGAAUCUACAAGUGAUCGAUUAUAAUAAAAUUGUUGAUGUUCGAAUGGUACCUUUAACAAAUUUCACAACAAAUAAAAUAAUAUCAGAUAUAAGAGAAAGAAAACCUAGAAAUUUUCUAAAGAGAUUAAUUUCUCCUAGUCAACAUUCAUCUCUUAAGGAGGAGGAUUACAGUCCCUUUAUUAAGCUCGUAAAAAGAGGUGAACGGGAUCUUUUAUAUGAAAACCCUUCAAUGGGAGCUGUCAUUAAUUGGAUGUGGCAUUCUUCUAAAUUCUACUGGCAUAGAAACUU